ACUUUGGUGCCAGGGGUCUCGCCAGUGCAAGUGUCAGUACAGAAGUUGGCUGGAGCCAAGCAGCGCCUGCGCUCUUCAACGCGUUUAUUGCGUUGGAAAUAAAUAAACAAUCGAUGUUGUGUGUAUCAGCGAGAGUACCAGGGGGACGUGCUGCUGUGCUGGCCCCGAUACUGUGGAUGAUAAUGGGAUGAUUUUUCUCGAAGCCUUUAAUCAUCACGUCUAUUUUACUUUUUAAUUUUGUUCUGGAGGAUUUCUCUGUUUUGGAAUGUGUUUUGUGCGCAUUAACCUCUUUUCGACAUGUUCUCCUCUGGGCUUGCCUACACUCUUGCUUCUGUCGCUGGGAUAUGUGGGAAUAAUAUCGUUUGAUUGGCCGGAUUUGUUUUGUAAUCAGCUGGCCAGAAAAUAAAAAUCCUUUGAGAUGAAAAACAGCACUUUGGGGGAUCACCUUUUGCUUGCGUGCGGCUCGUGCCUGAUCUUGCGCCUCAACAGCCUGUUGUCCGUGUCCGAGGAGAAACGCACAACUUUAACGCGAGCUGGAGCCGGAGUGGGAGCUGGAGCCAGGGCUGCAGCUGGUUGGCGCGGCGCACUAGGGUCAAAGGCUGGGGGCCAGCAGGGGGACCGACGGAGCGGCCCCGCCGUUGGGCUGCUGUGUGGUUGGACGGGGAAUCCGGUGCAGUUGUGGAGCGGGGAUGAAGAAGUCGGUGGUGAUGAGGAUGAUGAUGAAUGGCUCGACAGCUCGACCAGGCACCGGUGUCUCGCCGCCACUACGUUUCCUGCUGUGCGCUCUCCUUUUUCUCCUGCCAUGCGCUCAUUCGCACCCACAGCCGUGCCAGGUGCUGAAACGGAUCGGCCACACUGUUCGGGUGGGGGCUCUGCACGUUCAGCCCCGCUUUCUGUACACUGCUGCUGGCAGCGGUUCUGGGGAAACCGGAGAAGCUUUGGCAAGAGAGCAGUUGCUGGAGUUAAAGAAACAGGUUCAAACAAGUGCCGGCGCGCCUGGAUAUGGAAACCUCAGGACCAGAGUCACCGCUAACAGCCAGCGGGGCACUAACAGGAGUAAAAGCCAGGUGAGACAACGGGAGGGGAACCCCCCUCCGAAAGAGGAUCGAGUGUUCUCACCCCGAGAUUCGGUUCUGAUGGCAGCCGAGGCUCUUAACCAGGCCGGAUUGCUGCCUUACAAUUUGUCUCUGGAGCUUGUCAUGGCAGUGGGAUCGGCGCUUGGAGAACUACCCGCGUUUUCGCACUCCUCCACGGGCUUUCCCGAGGACGAGGACCCGUUGUCGUUCUUGGAGAGCGUGUGUCACACCGUGGUCGUGCAAGGUGUUUCCGCCAUGAUCGCCUUCCCGCGGAACCGGGACGAGCUCCUCAAACUGGAAUUCGUUUCACUUGCGCUUCAGGUGCCAGUUGUCAGCGUUGUGCAGAGGGAGUUCUCGCGUCACAGCGAGAAUCCUCUGCAUUUCCAAAUGGCAUUGCGGACUAUGGAGGCCCCACCGUCACAUCUCCUCUACUACCUGCUGAUGAUGAAUGGCUGGUGGGACAUCAGCAUUGUCCUCUGCCAGGAGUGGAAUAUUAGUGACUUUCUCAUCCUCAUCAAGAACAACACCCGCUUCAACUUGGGCAAUAUCGUCAAUCUGACAAUAACACCCCUGCCACCGUCCUCAUCUUCACUAUCAUCCUCAGCAGUGGCAUCGGGAGUCCCUCUGGGAGCGGAAACCGUACCAUAUUUACUGCCCACAGCUUCAACAUACGCAUCCAAUUCCUCCUCUAAACCUGACCAGCAGCAAACUCUCAUGCAGCAGCUGGAGGCCCUGAGAGAACAUUCGUCCACAACCGGAGUGGUGACGUUUGGGUGCGAUAUACGUGAAGUGCGUCGUUUGUGGGCGCUCACCACUCGGAUGACGCUCCCAGAGUUUCACUGGGUCUUGGGGGACAGCCAGAACGUGGCUGAGCUUAGGACAGAGGGGCUACCCCUGGGGCUGCUUGCCCACGGGGUCAAGGGAUCACCUUCUUUGGAUCACUAUGUUCAGGAUUCUUUGGAGAUUGUUGCACGUGGAGUGGGCAGUGCUGCCCAGGAGAAUCCUGCUAUGGCACUCAUACCUGGAACUACAAACUGUAUGGAUUCACAGCAGAGGAACGGAAGCUCAGGGGAUUUCUUGGCAAGAUUUCUGUCCAACACAUCAUUUGAGGGCCAGAGUGGGUUCAUUUCCAGGGAAAGCCACAGUCAGAAUAUCAUCUCAGAGGCCCACCACUACAUCUGGUCCCUGCAGCUGGACCCUCUAGGCCAGCCAACCUGGACUCGCUUGGGACGCUGGCGCAGAGGAAGAGUUCUGAUGGACUGGCCAAGUCAUCACGGGCCUGGAGGUGGAAGCGAUUGGCGCCGAUCUGCACGGCUGCACAUGCGAGUGGUGACACUGGUGGAGCACCCCUUUGUGUUUACCCGUGAGGUGGAUGGAGAUGGGAUGUGUCCAGCGGGCCAGCUGUGCUUGGAUCCACUCACUAAUGAAACCUCAACUUUGAAAGGACUUUUCCAGAAUCUUAAAGGACCCAAUGGGUCUGUUUCCACACACCUAAAAAAAUGUUGCUAUGGUUACUGCAUUGACUUGUUGGAAAAGCUGGCAGAGGACAUUGGAUUUACAUUUGACCUGUAUAUUGUUGGCGAUGGGAAGUAUGGAGGGUUCAAGAAUGGUCGCUGGACAGGGUUGGUGGGUGAUCUGCUAAGUGGAGCCGCUCACCUAGCAGUGACAUCUUUUAGUAUCAAUUCAGCUAGGAGUCAAGUCAUUGACUUCACCUCGCCCUUCUUUUCUACCAGCUUGGGGAUUCUGGUUCGUACUCGUGACACGGCUGCGCCCAUCGGCGCCUUCAUGUGGCCCCUCCACUGGUCCAUGUGGCUUGGCAUCUUUGUUUCCCUCCAUGUCACAGCUGUCUUCCUCACCUUGUAUGAGUGGCACAGCCCCUUUGGGAUGACCCCACGUGGACGCAAUCGAGACCGCGUGUUUUCUUUCUCAUCAGCGCUCAACGUUUGCUACGCUAUUCUCUUUGGGAGAACGGUGGCCAUCAAGCCCCCAAAGUGCUGGACUGGGCGUCUGCUGAUGAACCUCUGGGCCAUAUUCUGUCUGUUCUGUCUGUCCACCUACACAGCUAACCUGGCUGCUGUCAUGGUCGGAGAGAAAACCUACGAGCAACUGUCAGGAAUACAUGAUCCAAAGCUGCACCAUCCCUCUCAGGGAUUCCGCUUCGCUACAGUGAGGGAGAGCAGUGCAGAGGACUACGUCAAGAAGAGUUUCCCCGAGAUGCACGAGUACAUGAGAAGAUUCAAUGUCCCAGCAACACCGGACGGCAUUCACAAUCUCAAGGCUGAUCCCCAGAAACUAGAUGCUUUCAUCAUGGACAAAGCCCUGUUGGACUAUGAGGUCUCCAUAGAUGCAGACUGUAAAACACUGACGGUUGGGAAACCCUUUGCAAUCGAAGGCUACGGCAUCGGCCUUCCCCAGAACUCCCCGCUCACAUCAAACUUCUCGGAGCUGGUUAGUCAGUACAAAUCCGAUGGCUUCAUGGACAUGCUGCAUGACAAAUGGUACAAGGUCGUGCCCUGCGGGAAGCGCAGCUUUGCUGUGACUGAGACACUGCAGAUGGGAAUAAAGCAUUUUUCUGGUCUGUUUGUGAUGCUGUGUGUGGGCGUGGCCUUAUCUCUUCUGACCACUAUAGCAGAACAUAUUGUGUACAAGCUGGUGAUCCCACGGGUCAAAGACCCACGCUCCACAUACUGGCUGCACACUAGUCAGAGAUUACACCGAGCCCUCAACUCCACCUUCAUUGAUGACAAACUACCAACUGUCGCCAAACCCGAAAAAAGGUGCAAUGAGGGAAACAACCAAUCAGCUUCUUGGAAUCCUGCAAAAUCCUCUCAUUGCAACAGGCGAAGGUUUCUUCCACAAGACAAGCAGAAUGACCUGGAACGACCAUCCUCUCAGGAUCUUCCACCUCCACCACCACCUUCCCCUCUCCCUCAUCCCCAUACUCUCCCCCUACUGGAGAAACACAUGUCCAUAGUGACUACUUCUAAUGGCCGUUCAGAUUUGUUGGGGAGGGUGCUGGGACCGGGUCAGGGAGGAUCCGGUCAGGGCAUCACGCCAUGUCGGGGUCUGGGAAUGGGUGACCAUGGUCUGGGCCAGGUUAGCCGGUGUCCAUUGGUCCAGGAACUAUCAGAACUCGAAGGUCAAAUAACUGCAAUUAAACAGCAACUGCAGUCAGCCAUGAGAAGGAAACGAGAGCUUGAACAAUACCAAUCUGAAAACCAGCAAACAAACCAGACUGUCCCCAGUCAGACCACAACACACCAAUCCAACCAGUUUGUUCAGUAUACCCAGUCCCACCAGCAGACUCACCAACACACAAACACACUCCCAGAAUUCUGAAGCUUGCCUCAUUCUCUUUUAUCCUGAGAAAUCUUGCUCGACAUGGGACUAAUCUCCAAAACCUCUUGGUCCUGGAUGUGUCCCUGCCUGGGUUCUGGAGUUGGAACACCUACUUGUGCCAUCAAGAUCCCCGAUUAGGCUCAGGAGUUUCCCUAAAUGAUGACCAGGGAUCAGGUCCUGCUCUGUGACUUCAAUCAGGACAAUUUCUGACCUCUGCAAUUUGAGAUGCAAUUUGAAAGGAAGAGCAGGAUGAGGGCGAAUGAGAAACCUCGCCCCAAUUCUGUUCUGAAAGCUUUGCUAGCUUGUGUCAGUAAAGAGGUGUGCUUUCUCUCUGUCCUUUCAACCUCAAUUCAACUCUUUUCUGAUCCCUUUAGGUUUUUAUUUUUUUUCUCAGACCUUCCUUUUCUGCUGACUACUUCAUUUUGUCCUUCUGAUAUAUUUCCUCUGAGGUAAGCCUAAUCUCUUCUAUGGUAUGUAUUUGCUCGCCAUGAUGAGAAGCUUGAUCACUGGUGUGAUGACUCUUUGGUAUUUAAGCUUAAUGGACUAAUUCACCCGAGUUUGGUGAGGCUCACCGAGAGUCCGAUGGCCUGUGGUUGAACCCAGGCAGAAUAGUCCUAAUGUUCCCAUGUCUUGUGGAAACAUCCAUCUCAAAAAUGCAGCUGUUGGGGACUGGUUGGUUCUCACACAGGUGGUGUAAUGUUUCUGCCGUUUGGUAGUGCAUUGGCUACUUUGUCUUGUCCAUCCUUGAAACGGUAAUGGGGCUGCUGUUGCAAGAAACUAAUGUAAAAGAUACCACUAAAAGUUCUUACGAGACACCGCCAAAGAACUAUUUGCAUCUUGUGGUGGAUUUGAGGUCAAUACACAACCUUAUUGAUGAAUCACUGUGUAAUGCUGUCCUGUACUUCACUGAUGCACCACUGGUUUAUUAACUAAAGUUGUUAUUUAGCUCUCCAGAGUUUAAGUUAUGGCAUGCAGGCAUUUCAUUGUGGGUUCUAAACAGCAGACAAGCUAAUGUAGAAAAAAAUUUUUUUUGGCUUGUACGGUUGUUCCACAAUUAACAAUGAAAUACCUUUCAACUCCUGGUGCAAACCCAAAUGCAAUUUAUAUACAUGAACUCACUCCUAUUGGUGUGACUGACACGUUACUUGGUGUGAAGAGCAUUUACAAAUGAUGACACAAAAUGGCUCUUCUGUGAUAAAGACCUCUUUUCUUACAUCUUUCUGUUUGAAUUUGGAAAAGUUCUGUUAUUAAAAAUGUAACACCUUUGCACUUGUUGGAUGGUUUUUUUUUAUUCUUGCAGAAAUGUUCGGAGUAUUUCACAGGUUUGAUGAGGCUUAGAAAAUGAAUGUGUACAUUGAGUCAUAGAAUCCUAGCUAAAGGAGCAUAAUUCCCCUUCAGUUAUUUUUUUUAUGAACUCAACCGCUAUAACCUGAAUGCUGCUUGUUUGCAGAAACAAUGUGAAAUACUGCCAAGCGACUCAGCUGAAGACCAAAUGUUCUAUUAUUUUAACAGGAUUUUAAGGAUUUGCUUUAACCAGUCACUUAUCAAUGGUCAAACAUCGGCGGAAAUCCAGGGCACAUCAAACUGUUAAGGAUUUAUUUCAUAGGGUUUUUUCCUUUCCAAGACACCCAUUUAAAAUGUACCUGCAGUAACAAAUGUUCAACACAUCUUAAUAAAUUCCAGUUUGAAAUAGCCUGCAGCUAAAUAAAUAUGCAAACCUCUCCAAACUUAUACAAUAUUUGGCUGCUGCACUCAUCUCCACUCUUACUGCAAGGGGACAGCAAUUUGGAUGAAGAGGCAUAUUCUGAACCACCAACAAUUAUAUAAUUCUGUACACAUAGCGUGGUCAAAAAAAAACUGCUGCGCGCGCACACACACACACACACACACACACACACACACACACACACACACACACACACACACACACACACACACACACACACACACACACACACACACACACACACACACACACACACACACACAUACCAGAGCGAGCUCCUAUCUAUUUAGCCAGUGUGUCUGCAGGGUAAGCACAGGCUGUCACAGCUGAAAUGAAUACCUGACAGAGCAAAAGAGAAAGUGCACUGGCUGAGCCGUCAUCUUUCUUUGUGUCUCCCUGUGUGUGUGUGUACGCCUUGCUAAGCGGCAACAUCAAUGCCACUGAAGUCGAUGCAGUGGUAGCAGGAUGAAUCAACACAAGACCUCAACAGGAAGGUGGUUUUAGCAGAUCCAUGUGCCUUCAAAUCACAUGUCUGGGGAGCACGUGUCAUGUUUAGGGCUGUAAUGUAGGGAUAAAUGGCUGUCACACAGCCCAUACCUAUGCAGUGGGCCAGAAUAAUGUGUAAAUCUUGUUUGCUUUUCAGAGCAACUGCAAAUUAUAUUAUUUUUGACACUUAUGUUUAAAAGAAGCAACAGCAGGACUUGCAGACUUUAGAACAAACCUGGGGCCUCAUUCAUAAAGCCAAUGCAUAAACACAAAAUGUGGACUGAAAAUUGCAUAAGUCAAUUUCUAUGAAAACUUUGAAAUUUGUAGAUGAAAAUGUAAAUGGAAAAUGUGUGCAACUUUACCCAGACUCUUGACUCUUAUUGCGUACGCACAUUUUGGAGAUGGGGAAACAGGAAGUGCAGAGACUAAAUAGUGAAUUUAAACCACAUCUUCAGAUUUGGAGACCUUGCACAUACACACACACCCAACAGGCCACAACUACACUCAUACCUGAGGGGAGCUUAAUACAACAACCUGAAUUAGUGUUAUUUCACAGCGCGCUUUGCAAAUGUCUUCAAAUGUAUUUAGCAAUUGCACUUCUUGGUACAUAAGGUGUGAAUUAGUAUGAUUACUCAAUAGAUAUACAUAAAUAAUGUAGAGACACUCAUGCAUGAUACAACGGAUGCACUUGCACACCUUGAAGUUCGAUCAAGGAUGCCAGGAUGUGGGUGGAGAGAGAUUUUAGGGAUCACAAAGAUUUCUUGGCCUAUGACAAUGACUGGCUGAUCAGCAGACUUAAGGGCCAUUCCCAUCUGUACCGGGUCGGCCCGGGCCGGGUAGCCCCAGUCAGCCCCAGCCUGGCCCGGUUGAUUCCACACAUCCUUGUCUUAAGCCCAUGUGGGCUGAUUCUACCCACCAAUCAGAGGCUUGCUCUAAUGGAAGGUGUGAAUUUGCUGUCAGCAGUGGGUGUGUUGGCCCUGGUCGGCCUGAAGCAGACCCCCUCGAGAAGAGGGCUGAGAAUGAGCCUUGGUUGGCCCGGAAAAAUACCAGGCCACCCAGAUAUGUAAACAACCUACGCUACCCGGCCCAGGACGACCCGGUACAGAUGGGAAUGGCCCAUUAGAUCCCCUGGAGCAGUCCUAUUUUAGAUCCAUGUGCUGAACUGGGCCUGGUGUUAGACUGACCGACCCACCGGAACCAUGCAAUCAGUGAACCUGCAGCGUUUGACCACUGGUUUCUUGCAACCAGCAGGAACCAAAUCCAGAAGGAAUUAGCCAACAAGUAGGCUGAAGGUAAAUGUUCCCCUUAGGUCUGGAAUAUCUUGGUAGGCCCUGAGCCAUCUUCUCUGUGCCUCCACCUUCGGAUCUGACCACAGGUCUCUCAAUGGUCCCUAUGCAAGUGCCUCACUCACCCACAAGUUCCUGCAUUUCAGUUUCAGCUACAAAUCAGUCAGACCAUUUAUGACAGAAAGUUGGUGAGCAGGAGG